AUGAAUUUGGGCAUCAGACCUUCUAUCGUCGGUCUUACAGGUCUUGAGAAUUGUUAUGAACUCAUUACUAUUGAGUGUUUACGAACAUUGUACCAGUUCACUGCGGGCAACACAAGUGCACCUGGGAAUGAAAUCGGAAUCCCUGCAUUUGGCAGCUACCUCUACCCUCCAGAUUUGGAACAAUUCUUUGAGAACUACACCACGCAACCAAUCCCCAAAUCAGUCUUUCCGGAGUUCGUUUCUAUUGAUGGUGGUGAACGCUGGGACGAUUCUUUCACGUUCGGCAGUGAAGCCACACUUGAUGUCCAGGUUGCGUAUUCCAUGAUCUACCCGCAGGGUGUGCGUCUUUAUCAAGUUGGUGAUGUCAAUACGGCUUCCGAUGGUACAUUCAAUACAUUUCUGGAUGCAUUAGAUGGUUCGUAUUGCACGUAUCUCGGUGGCGAUGACCCCAACAACGAUGCGGUGUAUCCAGAUCCAAAGGGGAAAGGCUACGAUGGGCCCCUCCAGUGUGGUGGGGCCCCUCGAAGUAAUGUUCUUUCUUUCUCGUACCUUCAAAUCGAAGCGGCCCUUCCAGCUUCAUACCAGACUCGGCAAUGUCAUGAAUGGUUGAAACUUGGUUUGCAAGGCAUAAGCGUGCUCUUUGCGAGUGGUGAUUCUGGUGUUGCUAAUCGCUUUGGGAUGGGGAAGGACAACAGUUGCUUGAAGCCACCAGGUGAAGGAUCGAACAUUGAUAUCAAUGGAACUGGAUUUUCUCCUUCCUUCCCCUCGAAUUGUCCUUGGGUGACUACAGUGGGCGCAACGUUUCUCAAAGACCAUGAUAUCAAGAACGGCGAGGUGGCAGUCGCACUACCUUUCGCACCCAAUCCUAAGCGAGACUAUUACUCCGGUGGUGGAUUCUCAAAUGUUUUUUCACAGCCAUCCUACCAAGCUGAGGCAGUCUCCAACUACCUUACCACAUAUCCCCCACCGUACGGAGAACACAUCUUCAACAGAAGUGGUCGUGCAUUUCCAGAUGUUUCAGCAAUCGGACUGAAUGUAUCGGUCGUUCUCGGGGGUGGGGUCACAGUCGCGGGUGGAACAAGCUCGUCGACGCCUAUCUUCGCAAGCAUCAUCACUUUGCUUAAUGAAGCUCGAAUCGCUGUGGGAAAGAAACCCGUUGGAUUCUUGAAUCCAAUUCUUUACGCCUUUCCUGAGGCAUUCAAUGACAUCACGGAAGGUAGCAAUCCGGGGUGUGGGACCAACGGCUUUCAAGCUCAGCCAGGGUGGGAUCCGGUGACUGGGCUGGGAAGUCCGAAUUAUCCGAUGCUUGAAAAGAUAUUCGUGAAUCUACCUUGA